AGAGGGAGAGUAGGGCGGGACCUGAGUGCAGCAGUUAAUCGCUGACUGAAGCGGACGUUUACGUUUUACACACUUUAAUUUUUAUUCACAGAUUUUAUUUAUCAGAAAUAUUUCAGACAACAUUUUACACAUCUAGACGGAUGGCGCCAUUUUCAUCUUGUUGCUGAUGGAUUGAUCUCAUUAUCAGCUGAUCACAGGAUCGAUCUCAUUAUCAGCUGAUCACAGGAUCGAUCUCAUUAUCAGCUGAUCACAGGAUUGAUCUCAUUAUCAGCUGAUCACAGGAUUGAUCUCAUUAUCAGCUGAUCACAGGAUUGAUCUCAUUAUCAGCUGAUCACAGGAUUGAUCCUGUGAGGAUGAACUCAGACUGACUGACAGACAGAGAGACAGACAGAUACAGACAGACAGACAGAUACAGACACAGACACAGAGAGACAGACAGAUACAGACAGACAGACAGACACAGAGAGACAGACAGAUACAGACAGACACAGAGAGACAGACAGAUACAGACAGACAGACAGACACAGAGAGACAGACAGAUACAGACAGACAGAUGGGGAACAGUGCUCUGAAGUCUCACCUGGAAACGUCCCAGAAGACCGGAGUCUUCCAGCUGACAGCGAAGGGACUGCAGGAGUUCCCAGAGGAGCUGCAGAGGCUCAGCAGCAACCUGCGGACGGUGGAUCUGUCCGGUAACAAGAUCGAGGUUCUUCCUGCUGCCAUUGGAAACUUCCUGCAGCUCAAGAGUCUGACGCUCAACUGCAACAGACUCACCGGACUCCCGUCUGAGAUCUCGAAGCUGAAGAAGCUGGAGACUCUGAGUCUGAAUGGGAACCGGAUCCAACAGCUGCCCCCCACUCUGGGCCAGCUCAAAGCGCUGCGGACCCUCAGCCUGUCUGGGAACCAGAUCUCAGAGUUACCCCUUGGACUGGGAACCCUGAGGCAUCUGGACCUGCUGGACCUGUCCCGCAACCAGAUCCAAAACGUCCCCGCGCAGGUGUCGGAGCUGCAGGCCAUCGAGAUCAACCUGAACCAGAACCAGAUCUCCGUGCUGUCAGCAGACGUCUCUCUGUGCCCCCGUCUGAAGGUCCUCCGUCUGGAGGAGAACUGUCUGGAGCUGUCCUCCAUCCCUCAGUCCAUCCUGAAGGACUCCCAGGUGUCCCUGUUCUCUGUGGAGGGGAACCUGUUUGAGGUGAAGAAUCUCAGAGACCUGGAGGGUUACGACAAGUACAUGGAGCGUUUCACAGCCACCAAGAAGAAGUUCACCUGAAGAUGUUGGAUGAAGAGUCUGAAUCUCAGAGCACCACCUGGAGGGGGGGUCAGCGGAGACUCCGCCCACCACCACUGCUGCUUCUUCUGCUGCUAAAAUCCAGAUCUCACACAGCCAGGACAAAGGGGGGGCGCCGCUCAGACACCAACACCUGCUUCAGAGUCAUCAAACUGCUGAGAGAGAGGAGAAGAAACUUUCAGUGUUUGUUUGUUGGACUCUUUAAUGAACGUUUGUCUCAUUUACGUUGGAAAUGAUCUUCUGGAGCUCCGUUCACCAGGUGGAGAAAGAGAAAAUAAUAAUCAAUAAUAAAGAAUCAACUGAAACCACCAUUCAAAGUCAAUAUUAACCAACAAUAACAACAAUAAACCAAUAACUGACAGAUUAAUAGUUAAUAAUAGACAGUUAUAAUGGAUAGAAUAAAGAGACGGGAAUGUUAUUGAUAAAGUAGUUUAUUAAUAAGUUCUGAUUAUUGAUUUGCUUCUUUAACAGCAUUGAGCACAUUUCCUCUCUGAUAUUGAGAUAGCAGCGUGGGAUCAUGGGAGUUGUUGUCUUCACCACCAUUGAGUCAUUGAGUCAGCUUCUCCCGGUUAGGUUCAGUGUUCAUGAUUCAGGAGGUUAUAGAUUAUUGAUUUAAUGACAUUAUAUUCAAAGCUAAAGGUUUUAUUUUGAUAUUUUCAGAUUUUCAGUGUUUUUGUUAAAAACGAUUUCAGUCCAAUGAAUCAAAUAUUAGAAAUAUUCUGUUGGUUGAAAUGUGUCCAUGUUUGUAAAUUCAUCUUAAAUAUUAAUUCUGACAGUUUGAUAUUUAUUUCAAUAAAAGUGGACGAAGCAUAAGAGUUAAUAAUAUUAAUAUUUCAUAAUGAACUUCUUUCUGUCUGCUGCAUGUUUGAAGAUUGAUCCACCAGUUUCACUUUCUGCUCCAGUUUGUUCAGAAGUUGCUUGUGUUCUGGACAAUUAUUGAUUAUUGUUGAUUCUUGUUGAUUAUUGUCCCUUUAAACAAACUUGUAAUGGAUUAUUCAGAUUUUCAGAUCUGUGAAUUGAAACAGUUGAACUUGAUAUUUGCUUUAUUAUUAAAAACACUACCGCUGUUGUCCA